AUGCAUGCGCCCCCCGUGCUGCUGCAGCUGCUGCAGGCCGUGCUGGGGCCCCUGGCCCACUCGCUGGAGCUGUGGGCCCCGGGGGCCCUCAACGUUGCUGCUGCUGCUGCUGCUCGCGAGCUGCCGCAGCGGCUGCUCUCCCGGCCUGCUGCGCUGCAGCAGCAGCUGCUGCAGCACUACCUGGGAUCGCCUCGGGCCUUCGAUCCCAAGGGCCUCAAGUUCUUCUACGAGGCCCUUCUUGCUGCCUUCACCCCCCAGGUCCUCAGCACUCUCAACCCGCCCCACACUUUUGCUGCUGCUGCUGCAGCAAGGUCCCCGCUGCAGCAGCUGCUGUUCAACACGGCCCUAGCCAGGGUCCUGCCCCGGGGGCCCCCGCAGCAGGGGGGCCCCCCGGAGGAGGGGGGCCCCCUGGAAGGGGGGGGCCCCCCGGAGGAGGGGGGGCCCCCCGAGGAGGGGGGGCCCCCCGGGGGCCCCCAGGGGGCCCCCUGCUGGGCCUGGCAGCAGCAGUGGACUGCAGCAAGUCGGCAGUACCGGCUGCUGCUGUACCGCGGCGCUGCUGCUGCAGUGUACGGGUUCGAGGGGCUGCUGCUGCUGACAGCAAAAGUGAAAAGAGAAAAAAUAAAAGAGACAGAAAAGGAGACAGUUGGAGAAGCUUUAAAAGAGACACAAAAGGCAGAAGUGCAGCAGCAGCUAACCUUCAGCUUCAAAGAGACCAGUCCCCAAGGAGACACGGGAGAACUCCAAGUGUGGGGCCCGCAGCAGCAGCUGCUUGCUGCAGUGGUCACCAGACAGAGACCAGUGGUCACCCAAGUGCUGCAGCAGCACGACUUCGUGCAUGCACCCUUUUUGGGGCUUUUGGCGCAUGCAAAGGGCGAGGGGGGCCCCCUGAGGGCCCCCCUCGAGCUGCUGGAGUCUUCGCUGCAGGGCAUUUCGCAGCAGCAGCAGCUGCAGCAAAGCUUUGAGGCUUUGUCUGCUGCUGCUCUCUUUCCUUUGCUGCUGGACUAUGAAUAUUAUACUUUCCCCAAGUGGUUCUCCACAGACUUCCAGCGCGGGCGCGGCCCCCACCCGCACCCGCUGCAGCUGCAGCAGCAGCAGCAGCAGCAGCAGCAGGGGCUUCUGUCCCCACAUUGUUGUCUUGUGGAAUCAUGCUUAUCUUUCUCUCAUGAAGACUUUGCUGCUGUCUCUGGCCAGGAGGGGGGGCCCCAAGGGGGGGCCCCCGGGGGGGCCCCCGGGGGGGGGCCCCUACUCACGGUGUACCCUAAGGGCAGCCGCGCCAGCCCCACUUUUGCUUUUGACCUGCAGAGCAGCCAGCAGCAAAUUGCUGCUAUCCCGCUGCAGCUGCAUGCGCCCUGCAGCAGCAGCAGCAGCAGCAGCAGCAAAUUCGUCGCCUGGCUCAACCCUAAUGCCUACGGAAGCAGCAGCACCUGCUACAGAAAAGUCGAGUACCAAAAGACAGACGAAAAAGAACUUUUGACUCUUUGGUGGUUUGAUGAGGGAAAAACCGAAAAAGUGGCUUUAGAAGUGCAUGCACUUGAUCUCCCCAGCCCCCGCAUGCCAGAGAGAGACAGAAAAGAGGCUGCGCUGGAGCUGAGCGCCGUGCGGGCGAUGGGCCGCGCGGUGUCAGUGGAAGCAGAAUCGAAUUUGAAUUUAAAUUUGAAUUCAAAAUCGAAUUUGAAAUUAAAUCUAAAUUCAAAUUUAAAUUCGAAAUUGAAAUCCAAUUCUGCUGCUGCUUCGUUCCUGGCUCUCCGCUUCAUUUUGACUCAUUACAUUUUCGCCCGCAGCUUCCUGGCGGGGGCUCUGCGCAGAGAGCGGGCGCUGUUUGCUGCUGCGCUGCUGCAGCAGCAGCAAGCAGCAAAGCGCGCGCAGCAGCAGCAAACUUCGCUGCGCCUCAGCUUCUUCAAGGGGGCCCCCAAGACAACAGACAAGUCUUGGAUUUUGAAAAUAAAUCUCUUUUUGAAUUUCCCAAAAUUCAAAUCUUUAAAAGCUGCUUUAGGGCCCCUCCUUCCGGCUUUUGCGGAGGCUUUGGCAGCAGCGUACACGGCCUGGGACGCGCAGCAGCAGCAGCAGCAGCAGCAGCAGCGGGGCCCCGGGGGGCCCCCCGGGGGGCCCCCCCUCGUGGGGGGCCCCUGGAGGGCCAGCGGGGAGGCCCUGGAGGCCCUCUGUUCGCCGGAGGAGAAGCUGGAGCAGCAGCAGCAGCAGCAGCAGCAGCAGGAGCAGCAGCUGCGCGCCGCGCUGUGUCCGAAGCGCAUGGAGUCUCCGUUUCUCUUCAAAAUAUGGAAAGUGGAAGAAGCAGAAAGUAAUGCCAUUGUUGCUGUUGGGGACUUGGGGGCCCUGGAAGCUUUUCAAAGAGAUCCAAACAAGAGACACAAUUUGCUGCUGCUGGGGGGUUUGGAGGCUUCUGUGUCGCUGCAGCUCGGCAAGUACCGCCAGCUGCUGCAGCAGGAAGCAGCAGGUGCUGCAGUCUCUCCGCAGCUCAAGUUCCAGGCCAUGAAGUACAUUUUCCUCCUCAUUCAGGACAUUCUUGCUGCUCACCAGCCCCCUGCUGCUGCUGCUGCUGCUGCUGCUGCAGCAGACCUCAGCAGCAGCCUCAGGGACGCGGGCUACGACGUCCUACUCAGGCUCCCGCCGCCCCCUGCUGCUGCUGCUGCUGCUGCUGCGGAGCGCGGCGCCGCGGAGGACGCUGCAGCGGGAGCAGCAGCAGCAGAGCAGCAGCACUUCGAGGAAGCAGAAGCAGCAGCAGAAAUGCUCUACGAAGACCUUUUAACUCCCGAAAAAAGCAUGCACUUGAGGGCCUUUUUGGGGCUUCCUGUGGGGCUGCAUGCAGCUGCUGCUCAUCUCUUUUUUGCUGCUAAGAUGCGCCGUAGCAACCCGCUUGCUGCUGCUGCGGGCUUCCGGCUGCACGCGCGCGACGCC